AUGGCUGAAGGUGGGAAAAAAAUUUCAGUAGCUUUCAGAGCAUGCGUGCAGGGCUUCCUGCAGAUGUUUAUGCUUGCCAUGGCCCCCAAAAAGCCAGCUCCGCCACCGCCUCCUCCACCUCCAGCCGAAGGAGAGGAAGUGAUCCACGUGCCCAAAUUCAAAGCGGUUCCCCCGGAGGUGAAAUGGCGGGUGAUCAGAAUGUUUGGAGUCUUCUGCUUCAUCGUCUUCAUCGUAGCGACGGUUGCCUAUAUUAAGUUGCUUAAUGCGCCCCCCAGUCCUUACAUAGAACCCAUGAAUUCCAUUCGGAGGACCAUGUCUAACGCCUUAAGAAAACCGGCCAUCAGUGGUCUAAGCGAUACGGGCACUGCGGAGGAGGUGAUUCAGCUGCCAAACUACCAGGAAGACACGGAAAAGGCUUAUCUGGAGAAGAAGAACAAGUAUCAAUCCAUCUUUAAGAAAGGCUCGGUAAAGUCCGCCACUCACUGGACGCUUUUUGGGAAGAACCUCUACUACAUAUCGAUCGGUAGAAAGACCUGGUACGACGCUCAGAACUUCUGCCUCUCCAGAGAUUCCCACAUGGUCUCCAUCUUAAAUGACGAGGAACAGAAAUUCGUCUCUUUGCAGUUCAACGAGUCUGCCUGGAUUGGUCUGAGCGAUGAAAAUGAUGAGGGCAUCUGGCAGUGGUCCGAUGGGUCCAGAUUAACAAUACAGUUCUGGGAUGUUGGGAGUCCUACCAUCCUGAAGAAGAAUGGAGAAAUGGAGCGAGACUGCGCUUACAUAAACCCUUCCUCUGGCGUAUUUAACUGGAAGGAUGACAAUUGCCACGCACUUAAGCAAUGGGUUUGUAAGGAGAUCAUAGUGAUGGAAGAUUUAGAAUAUUUAAUCCAACCCUAAUACUUGAAGCCACCCUAGAUGUGAACACAGUUUUUGUUUUUCUCCAUCUGAAACAGUAAAAUAAUGAAAGCUC